AUGGCUGGAAUUGGCAAGAAACGCGUGAAGAAAAGGACUCAUUUGAAAGAAGAUCCUACUAGUGAGGCCUCGGUUCCCAAAUCGAUGGUUAUCCGUGUUGGUGCAUCUGAAAUAGGCAAAAGUCUUUCUCUUCUUACUCGUGAUCUUCGACACAUGAUGGAACCGCAUACAGCUGUGCGCUUGAGGGAACGUAAAGCAAACAAACUUAAGGACUACAUAACAAUGACUGGUCCUUUGGGAGUUUCUCAUUUGAUGGUUCUUUCUCGUUCCGAUACGAAUGCAAAUUUACGAAUUGUUCGUGCUCCAAGAGGCCCAGCUUUGCAUUUUCGUAUCCAUGAGUAUAUGCUCAACAAAGAUGUUCGAAACCUUCAAAAGACUCCAAAAUCUCCAAACGCAGAGUUUUUGACUCCUCCUCUUCUCGUAAUGAACCAUUUCAAUACAAAGUCCUCUAAGGAAACCCCCCAUGAAGCUUUACUGACAACAACUUUCCAAAACAUGUUUCCUCCCUUGUCGCUUCAGUCGACCAACAUAAAUUCAGUAAAACGUGUGCUUCUACUCAACAAACGUGACGAUGGCUACAUAGAUCUUCGUCAUUACUUAAUUACCACCAAGCCUGUAGGGGUUUCGCGGCCAAUCAAUCGUCUUUUAAAGGGCCAAACGCAUCCCUCUGAUCUCCCGGAUUUAAAUGGAGUUCGUGAUAUCUCGGAUUUCGUUUUGCAUGGAGAAGGGAUGUCCGGAGUACCCAGUGAUUCUGAGGCUGAAGAAGAUGCUACCGUCGAAGUCUCUCGACCUACACCAACAAAAAUCGAAGAAAAACUCCUUAGCGAAUCUCAGUUGCUAAAACCCAAGCAGCAGGCGAUUAAGUUAAUUGAAAUUGGUCCCCGUUUGACUUUGGAGCUCACAAAAGUUACCGAAGAAGCAAUGGGAGGUAAGGUCCUUUAUCACAGUCAUGUACAGAAGUCUGAGGAUGAAGUUCGUCAACUUGACAAGUAUCACAAUGAAAAUCGUUCUCUUAAAGAAAAGAGAAAGAGAGCACAAGAACAAAAUGUUCAGCGUAAGCUGGAUAAGAAGAAUAAAAAGUCAAAGAAAAAUCAACCUUCAAGUGAGCAUUCUGGAUCUGAAGCUAGUGAAGGCGAAGAGGAAGAGGAAGCUGCAGAUGGUCACACUGCAGACGUGUAA